ACAUGUAUAAACUAAAGUUCAUCAUUUUGAGCACCAGUGAAAUUAAAAAGUGAUGUGGAAAAAAAAUACUAAUAAUUCAUUGCCCAUAUGUGAUGGCUGCUGAAUCUCAUCCCUACUCAAAUUAAAUUGCCUACAUAAACCUCAACUACCAUACUUCCAUUUCAUCCAAUAUCCAUACAACAAAAUGACUUUCUUAUCAAUCCUCACAUUCACACUAUGCUCCCUACUCCUCACCCUCACUCCCUCACAAGCAGCCAACUUUGAGAUCGUCAACAAUUGCCCUUACACCGUUUGGGCCGCUGCUAGCCCAGGCGGUGGUCGCCGUCUUGACCGCGGUCAAACAUGGAACCUUUGGGUCAACCCUGGAACUGCCAUGGCUCGUAUCUGGGGUCGUACUGGUUGCAACUUUGAUGGUAGCGGUCGUGGCCGUUGCCAGACAGGUGAUUGUACCGGUGGACUCCAGUGCACUGGUUGGGGUGUCCCACCAAACACAUUGGCUGAAUUUGCAUUGAACCAAUACGCAAAUCAAGAUUUCUACGACAUCUCACUCGUUGAUGGUUUCAAUAUUCCGAUGGAUUUCUUCCCUCUUAACGGAGGAUGUCACAAAAUCAGUUGCACGGCCGAUAUUAACGGACACUGCCCUAAUGAAUUGAGGACUCAAGGUGGUUGUAACAACCCUUGCACGGUUUAUAAAACUAAUGAAUAUUGUUGUACUAAUGGACAAGGUUCUUGUGGGCCUACUUAUUUCUCAAGGUUUUUUAAGGAUAGAUGUCAUGAUUCUUAUAGUUACCCUCAAGAUGAUCCAACAAGUACUUUCACUUGCCCAGCUGGAUCUAACUAUAAAGUUGUUUUCUGUCCUCUUGGAGCUCCUCAUAUUGAGAUGCCACUAAAUCAAACUAGUGUGUAUUGAAAAUGUGUAUGUGAUCAAUGAUGGGUCCCUUUAAUAAGAUGAAGUUUUUUUGCUAAAACUUCAUUUGUGAUCUGUGGAUUCAUUUCAUGAGUAAUUUCUUAAUUAGUGUGUUUUGGUUGGCUGUGUAUGUGUGUGUGUGUGUGAUGGUGAAGUGUUAAUAAUGGAGCAAAUGAGAUGUGUGUACCUUGUACCAUCAAUGAAGCUUUUUAAUUUAUGUUUAAGACA